CGCAUCACAGCUCCCCAUCACUUGACCAAGAGAGACCCAGGCAGAGAGAAGAGCAGGGAUGAAAUGGCCACAGAAUUGCCAGCCACAGAAUUAACUGACUUGGCCCAUGCCAAUGGCAGGUUCACCAUCAGCACCCUGAUCAGCACCGAGGACAGCGGCAAACCUCACUAUGGACCGCCUGCCGCUGCCCCCUGCGAGGCUCCCCAUCCCAGCCACCUCACCCACAGGAGCACUUUCUACAUGAGGACCUUUGGCUACAACACAGUGGAUGUUGUGCCGACUUAUGAACAUUAUGCCAACACGAAGGCGGUGGGUGAAACCAAUAAAGUUAGGCCCACGCUGGCAGAUCUACAUUCUUUCUUGAAGUCGGACAAUAGUCAUCUCCACAACCCCGUGUACGAACCCCAGAGAAGUAAUGUCCUGAGUGACGAAACUACUGAGGAAGAUGGUGGUGAGGGUGGGGAAAAGCCUCAAGGAGAACCUGUCCGAUUUGGAUGGGUGAAAGGGGUGAUGGUUCGAUGCAUGCUGAACAUCUGGGGUGUGAUUCUCUAUCUGCGAUUGCCCUGGAUCACUGCACAGGCAGGGAUUGCGCUCACAUGGCUGAUUAUCUUCAUGUCUGUGACAGUGACGAGCAUCACAGGCUUGUCCAUCUCUGCCAUCUCCACCAACGGCAAAGUGAAAUCAGGUGGCACCUAUUUCCUUAUCUCAAGAAGCCUCGGUCCAGAGCUGGGUGGUUCCAUCGGUCUCAUAUUUGCCUUUGCGAAUGCCGUGGCGGUGGCCAUGCACACAGUGGGCUUUGCGGAAACUGUGCGCGAUCUGCUCCAGGAACAUAACUCGCCCAUUGUAGACCCCACAAAUGACAUCCGCAUCAUCGGGGUCAUCACAGUGACAGUGCUACUUGGGAUUUCCUUGGCUGGAAUGGAAUGGGAAGCAAAGGCACAGGUGCUGUUCUUCAUCAUCAUCAUGAUUUCCUUCUUAAAUUACAUAGUGGGGACGGUGAUUCCAGCCUCCGAGGAGAAGCAGGCAAAAGGAUUUUUCAGUUACCGAGCUGAUAUUUUUGCUCAGAACUUUGUGCCAAAUUGGCGUGGACCAGAUGGCACCUUCUUUGGUUUGUUUUCGAUUUUCUUUCCAUCAGCAACUGGCAUCUUGGCUGGAGCCAACAUUUCAGGCGAUUUGAAGGAUCCAGCUGUAGCCAUUCCCAAAGGCACUCUGAUGGCUAUAUUCUGGACUACAGUGUCCUAUCUGGCUAUUUCUGCUACAAUUGGUGCCUGUGUGGUACGAGAUGCCUCUGGGAGCCUGAAUGACUCCAUUCCUUUUGGCUCUCCGGGCUGCGAAGGACUUGCUUGUGACUAUGGGUGGAACUUCACGGAGUGUGCUCAGAAGCAGAGCUGUAACUAUGGACUCAGCAAUUAUUACCAGAGUAUGAGCAUGGUAUCUGGAUUUGCCCCCCUGAUCACGGCUGGAAUCUUCGGGGCCACCCUUUCUUCUGCUUUGGCCUGCCUGGUCUCAGCACCCAAAGUCUUCCAGUGCCUGUGCAAGGACCAGCUCUACCCUCUGAUCGACUUCUUUGGGAAGGGCUAUGGGAAGAACAACGAGCCGAUCAGGGGUUACAUGCUGACCUACAUCAUAGCAGUGGGGUUCAUUCUUAUCGCGGAAUUGAACACUAUUGCCCCAAUCAUCUCCAACUUCUUCCUGUGCUCGUACGCACUCAUCAAUUUCAGCUGUUUCCACGCCUCCAUCACCAACUCACCGGGAUGGAGACCAUCCUUUAGGUAUUACAGCAAGUGGGCUGCGCUCUUCGGUGCCAUCAUCUCUGUCGUGAUCAUGUUUCUGUUGACCUGGUGGGCAGCCCUGAUAGCCAUUGGCAUCAUUGUCUUCUUACUGGGAUACGUGCUCUACAAAAAGCCUGAAGUGAACUGGGGCUCGUCUGUGCAGGCUGGUUCAUACAACUUGGCCCUGAACUAUUCCGUGGGACUCAAUGAAGUCAACGAGCACAUUAAGAACUACAGACCCCAGUGCCUGGUCUUAACAGGCCCUCCCAACUUCCGCCCAGCCCUGGUGGAUUUUGUGGGCACUUUCACCAAAAACCUCAGCUUGAUGAUUUGUGGGAAUGUGCUGGUAGGAUCAUGCAAGCAGAAGAUGCCAGAAUCCAGGCUCACCUCCAAUGGCCAUACAAAGUGGCUGACCAAGAGAAAGAUCAAAGCUUUCUAUACGGACGUGGUAGCUGAUGACUUGAGAAGCGGAGCCCAAACACUUAUGCAGGCAUCUGGUCUUGGGAAGAUGAAACCCAAUAUCCUGGUGAUUGGGUACAAGAAGAACUGGCAGACAGCUCACCCUAGGACGGUGGAGGAGUACACUGGAAUCCUGCAUGAUGCGUUUGACUUCAAGUAUGGAAUAUGCUUAAUGAGAACAAAGGAAGGGCUGAAUGUUUCCAGAAUGAUCCAGGCUCACAUUAACCCGGUGUUUGACCCAGCAGAAGACCCUAAAGAGAAUGGAGCAAAUGGUGUGGUACCCACUGUGACAGGCACAUCGGAUCCUGAUGCCCUUACAGCGGAACAGCAAGCAAGCACCAUCUUCCAGACUGAACAGGGCAAGAAGACUAUUGACAUCUACUGGCUCUUUGAUGAUGGAGGUCUCACGCUCCUGAUUCCAUACCUCCUCAGCCGCAAGAAGCGAUGGGGCAAGUGCAAAACCCGGGUGUUUGUUGGUGGGCAGAUCCACAGGAUGGAUGAAGAGAGGAAGGCGAUUAUCUCUCUGUUGAGCAAGUUCCGACUUGGGUUCCAUGAGGUGCAUGUCCUUCCAGACAUUAACCAGAAACCACGCCCUGAACACAUCAAGAGAUUUGAUGACCUGAUCGCCCCCUUCAGGCUGAACGAUGGGUUUAAGGACGAGGCCGUGGUGAAUGAAAUGAGGCGUGACUGCCCGUGGAAGAUUUCUGAUGAGGAGGUUAAUAAAAACAAAGCAAAGUCACUUCGCCAAGUGAGACUGAAUGAGAUUUUGCUGGAUUACUCACGGGAUGCUGCUCUCAUAGCCAUAACCUUGCCAAUAGGCAGAAAGGGGCGAUGCCCCAGCUCCCUCUAUAUGGCCUGGCUAGAAACCCUCUCGCAAGACCUGAGACCCCCAGUUAUUCUGACCAGAGGAAACCAAGAAAAUGUUCUGACGUUUUACUGCCAAUAGAAUGUGGUUGAAUGCACGGUGGGUUGGGAUGUGACUUUUUCAGGCCAGGUUCUGGCCUUGGAAUGAACUCUUCCGGUUUUUCGGGUGCUAGUCACUGGUAAAAGCAAACUCUCCUGGUUUCAGCUGAUGGCAACCAUUGAUAAAGGAUUACUGAUGGGAAAUGACUAACACGGUUUAUACCAACUCUGCUCUCCCCCUCCUGAAAACUGAUCUCGCUGAUCCUAGUCUUUGCAUAUCCCGGGAGCGCCUUAAUACCACCACAUGCCAAAUGUUGUAUGGGGGGAAUAAUGUGUUCCUGAGUUCUCUAGUGCAAAUUCCUGGGUGGGACCUAUUGGGCAACACAGAGGAGGCAGUAAUGGGGGGAAAGUCAGAGCUUUUACGGGAGAUUUUCAAAGCUGCCUAAAAGAUUUGGAUGCCCAAAUGAACUGGGCUUCCAGUUCCCCUAGAUAUCAUCUGGCCCAUUUAUUUCCCAUUAAUUUGCUGAAAACGACCCUGUGAUUCCAAUCAGAAUGUGACUGCUGGCUGUUAGAAGCUGGGAAAUUCAUCAAAGAUUCUAGCUUCAAUUGUAUAGUAGCUGUAUGCUCCUUUGUCAGUGAAGGAAAGAGGCUGGUGAGAGAAGAGAAAGGGGAUGAAGGAAAACAGGAAGAAAAAUUAAUAGGGACGGGACUUGCCUUAGAAUUUUGGGGAAGGAAAGGGAGACCCCACUGCAUUACAAUCCUGCACUGCAGCGUAGAGGUUUGUGCCAAAGACCAUGCAUUGCUCCAGGAUGUUCUGCUGCUGUGUCAGCACAUAUUGUGUCUCCUUUGUCCCCACAAAGGAAACUGCACUGUUAAAAAUCUGAAUUGUUCCAUCCUCAUGACACUCAGUAAGUCAGGUUUGCCGACCCUUAGUAAAGCUGAGGAAACUGAGGCAGAGAGGUUAAGUGAGAGGCCCAAGGCCACAUUGUGAGUCACUAGCAGAGCUAGGAUUAGAACUCCGCCCUCUGACUCCCAGCCAUUCCCUCAUUCCUGCUGGCCACACUGCCUCCCUCAUUAUUAUAGCCAUUUUACUGCUGGCGAUGCUGAGAGAGGUGAUGUGAUCUGCCAAAGGUCACACAACAUGUCAGUGGCAGACUUCGGGUCUCCUGAACCCCAGGCCAGUUUUCUAAUCAACCUUCUUCUAAGAUACUGUCAGAGACAGAUUUGGUUCAGAGUGAAUGCUACGGAGAAUGUGCUCACCAUAGGGUUUGACAGUGAUACUGCCGUCCUCCCUGGUCGUGUUUGUUUCAAUGACCUACCCUGAGCCCAAUCAAGCAUUAGCGAGAGCGCUUGUCUGCCUUCCUUAGACCCCCACAGAACACUGGUGGGGGUACAUGAAACACGCCGCCCUGCAGUCCUCUCUUCUAUUAAAAACGGGUAUUAAGCUCGCAAAACCCAUAGGCCUGUCGGGUGAGGGAAAGUGGCUGCCCAUGUGUGAAAUGAGGGGGGAAAUGAGUGGCCCACAGUGGCAACUGAUGCUUAUUGUCUUCUACCAUUUCCUUCCAGAGUGACACCUUGGCAUCGCUGUGAGCCUUAGCUCUGUCUGGUGACACUGCAUCACCUGGCCUGGCUGUCAGCACCUCAGCUUAAGGCUGUGUGAAAUUCCCUGUUCUUGCUCCCAUUGGUUCAGUUCUGCCAGCAGCAGCAUGGUGGGAGCACUGGUGAAGACAGGGGUCCAGGGGUAACCCUGCUCAGGGCAGGGCAGCGUGAUAUGAUGCUUAAAACCCUGGCAGGUGCUGGUGCCUGUCUGCACUAGUGCUCCCAUGUUUGAAACCACUGGUGAGACUGCACCAGUGGUGGGAAUGCUACCCGAGGGUCAGCAAAGCCUAGGUCACCCUGACCUUGGCAUGGGUACCAGGCUCCGCUUUUCACAAUGGCCCAUGGAUUGUUUUCAGCCAUGUGUGACGUGGGCAGCACAAAUGGACUUCUCUCCAGUGCCGAGCCGGAGGCUGGUGUUUUUCCACCUAGUAAACUCUUCCAUCAUGGAGAAAAAUCCCUCCCUCCCGGUACUUCAGAGACGUGAGUGACAGAGGCAGCCAGGCCAAUUCAUCUCUUGUCUUUGGGAUGGUGAAAGGUGCUGGGUUGACCUGGAGACUGCAGUCUUGUCUUUCCUCAGAACAGGUAAAGCCUGGGCAGCAGCAAUGGAAGCUUUCCACAUGCUGGGUCUUAAUUCGGACCAGCUGUCGUGGUUCCAUUUCCUUGGCCCUUUAAAUCCUUGGCCUCUCUGCUGAGAUUGUUAUCCUUAAAGACCAGUUAGAUUAUGGAACAGCCUUUUCCACCACUACAUCAUAAAGCCAGAGGUAGGCAGGGCUUGAUCCUGCCAGGUGCUGUGUGCUCUAGGGUGACCAGAUGUCCCGAUUUUUGGAUCUUUUUCUUAUAUAGGCUCCUAUUACCGCCCACCCCGUCCCGAUUUUUCACACUUGCUGUCUGGUCACCCUAGCCAUCCAGCAAAGCCCUGAAGCAUGUUAACAGAGUGACUCCCAUGCUUAAAGCCAAGCAUGUGCUUUAGUGGUAUGCUGGACCAAUGCCAGGGAGCUCAGCGCUGCAUCAAAGGAUGAUAUGCUAAGUGCUAAGCAAAGUGCUGUUUGCAGCAGAUACAUCUGCUAAUGUGAGCACAGUCAUUGAAUCGGUUGCUAAUUCUUCAGGAGAGAGGAAGGUUAGUGAGAUGCCAGAGAGGAUGGGCUGCUAUGUUCAGCUUCCAGCCUGCCUGCUCCUCCUCAAUGUCAGCCAACUACAAUGUUGCUGGUCACGGGAUCUGUUUUCAGGCCUCCCCUCCUCUUUAAACACCAGCCACCAGCAGGGCAGCUGGCCCCAGGCUCUAUUUUGAGGCCCCAGUGAUAAACUUCAGGUCCAGGGGUCAGGUGCAACGCUCUCUCCAAGUGCAACUGAAAGCACAAACUGCUCACGCCCUCUACAAAUAUUCCCACCCUCCCUUCCCAAGAACCCAAUUCACAGUAGGACUAACGGCUGCCACAGGAGUCCUGGCUGUUUUAAGUUCCUGGGACUUCCCCUCAAACCACUCCAUCAUCUGGUCUUUUUUUCUGAUUGAUGAAAGGUCACAUGCACUUACCUAUAGAGUUUAUCUGUAGCAAACAAUCCUUAGAGGAUAAAAAGUCCUUUCAGCACACGAGGACAAAAAAGGAGAUCUAUUUUCAAAAUACAUAGCAGAUGUACAAGCAUUUAUAUCCGGUGCAUACCGCAGAAGACUCCAGCCAACAUUAAUAUGCUCCCAUCCUGUCCAUUGUACAUAUAACGCAUUGUAGCAGUGGAGAAAUGCCAGCAGGUUUUGCAUCUGUUGUUCUGGCAGGGUCUGGUGCCACUUUGAGUUGUGUCCCCUGGUCUGUGGGGAGCUUGCUUCCAAUGAUGAGCUUGGUGAGUCUGGGGCGUUGUUUGAAGGCUAGAAGAAUGUUCUCUAGAACAGUCCUGCACCAGUAUCAACUUCCUGGACUCACGAUCAGCUUCAGCAAUGGAACAUUACAAACAACCAUGGACAAGAAACUCAUGGAUCACCACACCUACCUUCACAGAUCCAGUAACCACCCCAAACACACCAAGAAAUCUGUAAUCUACAGCCAGGCAUUCAGAUAGCACAGAAUAUGCUCCAAGGAGAAAUUCCAGGAUACACACCUUAACACCACCUUCAGCGAACAAGGAUGCUCCACCUGAGAAGUAGAUCACAUCAUGGAACAGGUCACCCAAAGACCCCAAGAGAAACUACUUCAAUAUGGCCGGGGGGAGGAGAACCUCCGACCACACAGACCUCGUUGUCACCUGCCAUAUGGGCUAUCAUUAAACAAUUACAACCCAUCCUCAAUGGGGACCCCAUCCUGAAAGAAAUCUUUCCCAAACCCCCUCUUCUGGCCUUCAAACAGCCCCCCAACCUUGCCAAACUCAUCAUCAGACACAAGCUCCCCACAGACCAGGACCUAAGAACUUAAAGUAGUGCCCAGACCCUGCCAUAGCAACAGAUGCAAAACCUGCAGAUGUCUCUCCACUGCUACAAUGAUCAACACUCUCCCACAACACACCUUUCACAAUCCGUGGGUCCUCCUUCACAUGCCUGUCACAACAUGUGGUAUACCUCAUGCAGUGCACUAAAUGUCCCAAUAACACAACUCUGUGGGUGAAACCCAAGACAAUCACUGUGUUCUCGAAUGAACUCACACAGAAACACGAUAAAAGACAAAACAUUCUGUCACUUAUGGGUGUACGCUUUUCACACAACAAUCACUCCAUAUCUGACCUCUCAGUUCUCCUCCUUAGGAGAAACCUGCACAACACUGUCAAAAGAGAAGCCUGGGAACUUACAUUCAUAACUUUGCUAAACACUAAAAAUCAUGGUCUUUAAUGAAGACAAUGGAUUUAUGGCUGAUUACAACAAUCUGUAACCCACUAGCCCCCCUUUUUUGCCCUUGGACUGCAGGGGUGUUAACAAGCCACCUCCCGUUGAAUGGUCUCUUACUAUAUACGUUAACUACGCAUGAUAAACAAUCUGUUCCACCUUGUAUUUAGCUGUGACACUCUGAGUGCCUUUCCCAGAACUGAAGAAGAGCUGUGUAUUGCUCAAAAACUUGUCUCUUUCACCAAGAGAAGUUGGUGCAAUAAAAUAUAUGAACUCACCCACCUUGUCUCUCUAAUAUCCUGGGACCGGCAUGGCUACAACAAGACUGCAAACCUUGAUUCUGGCCUUUCCUCACUUUUGAGGGCUUGACUUUGCAACUUUAACCUUCUUUUAAGAGUGUGUGUGUGUGUGUGUGUGUAAAUAAUAAUAAGUAAAAUAAGGAUAAUGAUUCUUCCAUGCCUCCUGGGGUGCUUUGAGCCUGAAUUCUUUACUGUUUGCAAAGUACUUUGAGAUCCUUGGGUUGAAAGCCCUACGCAAGUGCAAAGUAACCUUAAUAUCUGUUGAUGUUAUAGGGCAGUCCUAAUUCAGGCAAUAUCCCUUUGUCUUUAAUUAGGUUUUUGCUGAAUUACAAUUGUCCGGUUGCACUGUAUUUUUGAAAAGGGAACAUCUUUUAUUUCUAAGGGUUAGGAUCUUGCAUUAGCAGGAGUGUUGAAAGCAAGCUGAUAAUCUCACCCAAGGGACUUAAUUCUGAUGGGUUUUACACCAGUAAACACUUUUGACUUCAGUGAUUUAAUCUUGAUUUACUCCAGUGUAAGUGAAAUCAGAAUAAGGCCAAGGAAUGCAGCUGUAUCACAACAAGCCUGGAUUUCUGAUCCAUAAAGGCCCUUGAAUUUUUGAACAUCGGAGUUAAUUGUACAUUAGGGCAUUUUGAUCACAUGCUGGUCACCCCAUGUUUGCUAAGUUCCUUCCAAGUAUGCAUUACCACAGAACAGAGAUGAAGCUAAGUAUAGAAUAAUCACUGACGAUACAUGUUCUUGCUUUAGCUUAAAGUGCUCAGGAUCAUCAGCCUCUGGGACUGGCACACACGCGGCCAGAUUUUCAGACGUGCCUACUCAUUUUGGAUCCCUCGAUUCCUGGGAGCCCAUCUUUCGACAGCUUGGGCUCGAUGUUCCGAGCAACUGAGCACCCACAACCUGAGAUGUCUCAAGUUGGGCACCCAAAAUCAGCGGCCACUUUUGAAAAUGUUGGCCUCAGCCACUUUUUCACAGAGUCAAAGGACUAGUCCCUGUUCGCUCCUUUCCCCUACCUUGGCAUCUGUUGAGGAUGGGAUAGAAAAGAGUUGAAUGGAGCGUAGCUGCCUACAAUUCUUGUGAGCACAGUACUUUCAAACCCUUCGGAGACUACAGCCAUAUGCAGUAAUAUAUUCAAAUUGGUGCAUUGGGCUUGCAGCCUGGGAAAUGCCAAUGCUCCAGGCAUUAAUGAGAAUAACACUUUGCUCUUACUUGGCACUUUAUAUCUUCAAAGAGCUUUACAGGUGUUAAUUGAUCUUUCAUGGACACAGCAUGGAUCCUUUCAUGGGCAAAACUCUACCUGACAUUGAUAACUGGACUGCUGCAAAUGUCCUUAUCAUGCAGGACUUCAUGGUGAGAGGCUCUUCCCCAGGUGCUUGGGGAGAUGGAGGGCAUGGGGAGCCUUUCUCCAUCACAUACCCCAUCCAAGAACUAAUCGCAGUCUCAGACAAUCACAGACUCUCUCUGUGCACCUCUAGGAGCCCACGUUGUCCCAAGAGGGUAGGCAGUGAUGAGGAAGAGGUGGGGCCAUGGCUCUUCCCCGCCUCCUACACUGGAUCACAGAGGAGACCAGCCGUUCUGGGGGACCAGGCUGUUCUGCACAGUGGGGAGUGCAAGAAGAAAUUGUGUCUGAAUCCUUCCCCAAGCCCAGCACGGGGCAGUGCAGCUCCACGUUGCCUCUCUACUCAGGCCAGUGCCCCGGUGGCGUGAUCUAGCCCCUAAAGGAACUCUACAACCGAUGUAAAUCAGUUUCUCUGAGAAUCCCUCCCUCCCAUAUCUUAGUUUUUUGGAACUUGUGGAAGCAGCGAAGAAUCGGAUCCAGGAUUAAUUUGUUUAAAAUGUAACAGAAUUAUAUAAAGUUCAAGUGCGUCAUCCCCUUCACUCCGUGCCUGAUCACAGCCUUUGAAAAAUGCAUUUGCCACCAAGGGAAGCAAACAAUCAGUGGAUGUGUGGGCCUCCUCUCUCUAAUCACAAGGCAGAAGAGCGUGCUUUGGAGACCGCAGGACCCACUGUGCUAGAAAGUACAGAUGUUUGAACAAACACCCUGCAGAAUUAGGGACAUCAAAGGAACCACACACCUGACUCACUAGCUGACUGAACAAGAUGUCACUCUAACUCAGCUUCAAACUUCCUGGAGCUGACAGCUCUUUCUUUGGGCUCUGACUGAUCCAGUAAAGACCCACAGUUCCAUCUGCAGCUGGACAUGGUGAGAACCAUUCUGUUGGUUGUUGCUGCAUGGUUUAGGAGCGCUGCUUUUUGGUGUGGUGUGAAAAAGGGAGAGCUGGUUUUUUUUUAUAGAUAUCUAUUUAAAAAGAAGCUUAAAAAACACCAGCUGCCAGCCACAGCUUCUCCAAGGUCUAAAUCAUUGUGUGAAGGCUUGAAUCCAACCCCUGGGAUCCUUAUAUAGUGGAACUGGAAGGACAUCUCUUUCCUAGCAGCACUGAGUUCUUCCUUGUGUCCUUUACCAGCCAGACAUGUUUAUGGCUUUCCCUGCCUUUGUCCUCUAGCCCUCUCUGAUGCUUAGGCUGUGGCCUUUUCUACCAUUGCCAGGUCAGGAGUCUGUAUCAUGCAAAAAGGCUAAAAUGCCAUUCUGCUGUUGUACACAUCCAUAUGAUCUGGUUAGAUUCAACUCUGGUUCCAAAUUUACUUCUCGUUGUGGAGGUGGUUACAGGAAUUCUGUAGCAAAGAAAGGGCUUAGUAAUGCACCGCAGUAUGAGAGCAGUUUUUGGGCUCUGGGAACAAACGGAAAGGUUUGGUUGCUAUAUUUAGUACUUUCCUGUUGACUUUGUGAUCCAAGACAUGAUUAUUUGGGCAUGUAAGGGCACGGAGCAUGCUCAGCUGCAGAGCAUUCCCAAGGCAUAGAGAUCCAGGGGUUCUGCCACAACACUGCCGAAUUGGACAUGUGCUCAGUCCCUGUGGGACAUAUGCUGGGCAUGCCUUUGUUAUAUGCUCUGAAUGACAAAGGAUUGGCUGUCCAUAUUACUUACAUGUUAUUAGCCAACCGCAUUUUCCUUACUCACACUUUUGCUGAGUCUGCUCGUGGACAGCUAGAUCGCACAGCCGACACCCCUGAGGGACUUUAUUACAGAGAUGGUCCGGAGCUGUGACGUUUGGAUCCACAGCCAUUCUUUUCCAAAGACAGAAAGGCUGCAUUGGAGGCAAUCCUAUGGAGAAUGAGAGGAUGUGUUACAAACUCAGAAGCUACCUAGAAGGAGAAGUGACACCCAGAAGGGGGAGGAAAGGCCAACAAGAGGAGCCUCUCUGCAAAGCAGAGCUAACUCAAGGAGGAGGAGGACAGAGUGAGAGGAGAGACACCAG